AUGCGAUGGGCUGUUGUUUGUUCCGUCCCCGAUGAACGAAUAAUCAACACACUUAGCGAAUUCGCUACGUGGUUCCUCGAGGAGGUCACUGUUGUUGCGGGCAGAAUGAAUAUCUAUGCAAGAUUUGAAAAAAGGCCUAAAGUCGUACAACACGUUCCCGUCGGGGACUAUGAUGCCUGCGCUACUGCCUAUGAAACCAUCAGAAAGGGAGUACUACUCGAAAACGCUUUGGACAGAUUCGCCAGCGUCGCCAAGUUGGGAAAUGAUGCUAGCGAAGUGUUCGCUAAUGUUGCACAGUGGAUUGCGAGAGCUACCAGCAAACUUUGUCUCGAUAAAGACCCGUUUUUCAUGACUAUUGCAAUGAGUUCAAUCAUCUCGUCCAUGUUGCUGCCGCUGAUGAAAGAAGAAAUGCGUUUGGCACCGUGGAUAGCGAUGGAUCUGCGGCAGGAAGUCGAACCUGUCAAGGUUGGCCUUUUUUCCAUUGGAACUAUUCGAAGGGAAAUUUUUGGCUUUAAAGUGUUCACUGUUUUCUUUUCUCAAUGGACUCAGGUGUUGCCCAUUUUUCCGGAUUCCUUAUUGAUGUGGUUUUUUUGA